AACUGUUAAGUCUACAGAGUUCAAUUUGGUUCAUAUGUUUGAUAACUUUCAUAGUUUUUAUUAGUAAACAAAAACAAAAUAUUAAUUGCUUUAGCAACGGCUUUUACGGCAUAGUUAGUUAGUUGCUUAGAUAAGUUAAUCAAAUGGAAAAUAUAUUUUACAAUACGUAAAUUUUAUGCAUAGUUCGUUAUGGAUUUGGAUGAUCCCAGAAGACCACUAUUAGGUCACGUGCCCCAAAGUCGAGCCAGGCGGUUAGCGAACAAGUUGUGCAGUUUAGAAUCGUGGCGGCGGAGAGUGCCCAUUACAAUAUGGCUGCCCAACUACAAAUUGGACUAUUUACUCCGAGAUUUUAUAGCGGGAAUAACAGUUGGUUUGACAUCUAUACCGCAAGGUAUUGCGUACGCGCUCGUCGCCGGUCUACCGCCACAAGUGGGUCUCUACUCCAGCAUAUUCCCCGGGGUCGUGUACUCAAUAUUUGGCAGCUGUAAGGAUGUGACCGUUGGCCCCACAGCGAUACUAUCCGCAUUGCUCGCCAAAUAUGUAGCCAAGAGUGUUGAUUUUGCGUAUCUAGCUGCAUUCCUCUCUGGAUGCAUUAUCUUGUUGCUGGGAGUCCUACAACUUGGGUUUGUUUUGGAUUUCAUAUCAAAACCUGUUAUAAGUGGCUUCACAACCGCUGCAGCGCUGCAGAUCGCUGCUGCACAGCUUAAGACCCUGUUCAGGGUUGAAGGAUCAUCAGGCAAUACGUUCAUAGAUGCACUGAUCAAUUUCUUCAAGCACAUCAUGACGAUACACCUGUGGGACUCGGCGCUCGGUAUUGCCAGUAUCGUGGCAUUGUUACUGCUUAAACGGCUGCCGACCGGCGGCGGCGGUAUUCUCGCAGCUGUAUCGCUGCACGCGAGCCGCGCGCGGAAUGCACUGGUCGUGCUGGCGGGUGCAUCUCUCGCGGCCGGACUGCACGCGCGGGGUAUUGUGCCUUUUGCACUCGCCGGUAAAAUCGAGGGUGGUCUUCCCCACUUCGGCCUCCCCCCAUUCAGCACCACCGUUGGCAACAGCACGCUGAAUUUUGAAGAAAUGCUGAGCGUGUUUGGAGCAGAGGGCCUGGUGAUGCCUCUCGUCGCUGUUUUAGAGAGUAUCGCUAUAGCGAAGGCUUUUGCGGGCGGCGCGGGCGUGGACGUGACGCAGGAGAUGGUGGCGGUGGGCGCGUGCAACGUGGCGGCGUCGCUGGCGCAGGGCAUGCCCGCCACCGGUUCCUUCACGCGGACCGCGCUCAACCGUGCUGCUGGAGUUGCCACGCCCGCCGGCUCGCUUGUUAAAGCGUCCGUGGUGCUAUUGGCGGUGACGCUGUUAGCGGACGCGUUUUACUACAUUCCGCGUGCGGCUCUCGCCGGCGUCAUUGUCGUCGCAAUGAUGUCCAUCAUCGACUUCUCCAUUGUGAUCACGCUCUGGAGGAACAACAAGGGCGAGAUGUGCACAUGGGCGGUGACGGUGAUAGUGGGCGCGGCCGCCGGCCUCGAGUACGGCAUCCUGUGCGGCGCGCUCGCCGACCUCCUGCGGCUUCUGCUGGCCGCGGCACGACCGCGUCUGCACACGCAUCUGUUCAAGGUGGGCAACAUAGACUGCAUGUCAGUGACGCUAGUGGGCGCAGUGAGCUACGCCAGUGCCGAGUGGCUGCCGAGGAAGCUGCGGCGAGUGGUGGACUCGCCCCACUCGCCACACUCACCCCACUCGCUCCAUUCGCCCCACGCGCCUCGCCUGCUAGUACUAGACGGCCGGCACGUGCACAGUAUCGACGUUGGUGUCGCUGAGAACCUUCUAUCUGUGAUACUAGAGUUAGAGAAGGAUGGCUACGUGUUCCUCCUUUGGAAUUUUCCCGACAGAUGUCGCAAGCUGUUCCAAGAGUUGCGGCCGGAAUUCGAGAGGAAACUCGUCAAUGGGCCCAGUAUAGACCAGCAUGUAUUAGGACUGGACAUCAUAGGAAGAUAAUGUUUGUUACAUUGAAAAUAAUCGUUUAUUAUUUAAUAGUAAACGCUAGUAAAUAUAAUAAGAAAAAGGAAAAAAAAAACUAGGUGCUUUUGCCUUACCAAAUAUAGUUCAUAUGCUUGAGUUGGAACGAGACAUCGGAUGUUGCUGUCUCAUUCUAUCUUAUGGUCUUGCUAGCGAUAUUUUAUCGACGGAUUCGCUUGCCACUCGCCUAGAGUAUAUUUAAAUAAAUACAUAUAAUGUUAACAUAGGUUUGAAAGAGUAACUGUUGAGUUUUAUGCUCUUCUCAACAGAUAAGAACUUUCUAAACCCUGCAAUAGAUUUUAAAAAUGACGAUUUAAAAGUGCUUGUAAACAAGUCUAUUUCAAUAAAGAUUUGAAUUUGUAUUCUGUUAGAAUUUUUAGAAGUAAUUAUGCCCCAUUUUGUGGCACAUUGGUGGAUUUUUACUAAAAACCCUAGUGUCUAUUUAGAAAUUAGUUCUGUAAAUAAAAAUAAGAAAAAAUUUCAGUGAAUUAGUUUCAUUAGUUCAGAAAUGUGUAAUGUAUCUCCAUACACACAUACAUAUAUAUGUGACGUCUGUCUUCCAUUGGGGGUAGACAGAAACAAUAGAACGUCAAAUGCUUUGAUUCAAAAAGACCUUUUUCGCUUCCUCCACAUUCAUCAAUCUUUUCAUACACGCUCGCCGAUUACGGGUACUUUAAAUUUGACCCUUGACGCUAAGUGACCUUAAUAAUGGGUUAUAAUUAUAGAACAUAGUCAUUAUAUGAACGCAAUGCCAAUGAAACUAGUCUAAAUUUAUAUUCAUAUAAAAAAAAAUAUUAAAUUAAGCGGUUAAAAUGGUUUUAAAGCUAGCCUUAAGUAUACAUGUGAAAACGGUUAAAAACAACUCUUAAUUAGCAGUCAAAACAGUAUUUACCAAGCAGUAAAAAAUCGCUUUUACCAAGUGGUUAAAAGCAGGUUUAACCCAGCGGUUAAUAACAGUUUUAACUGAUUGGUUAAAAACAGUUUUAACCAAGCGGUUAAAACAGUUUUUACCAAGUAGUUAAAAACAGUUUUUACUAAGCAAUUAAAAUAGUUUUUACUAAGCGGUUAAUGACAGUUGUAACCGAGGGGUUAAAAACAGUUUUAACCCAGCUGUUAAUAACAGUUUUAACUGAUUGGUUAAAAACAGCUGUUAACUAGCAGUCAAAACAAUAUUUACCAAGCAGUCAAAAAUCGCUUUUACCGUGGUUAAAAACAGUUUUAACCCAGCGGUCAAUAACAGUUUUAACUGAUUGGUUAAAAACAGUUUUUACCAAGCGGUUAAUUAAUUAAUUAACAGUUGUAACCGCGUGAUUAAAACAGUUUUUGUAACUCUUUGCUAACUUGUUCCUUAGAGACUACAGUAUGGGAUACUUCAAGAAGUGGAAAAUUGGUAAACAGUACCAAUUUUAUCACUAGCCAUUGGAUGAAUAACAUUUAAUAAAACAAAUUUCCCACAUUUUUGGGAAAAUAACGGAUAUUUGGUUAUUUAACCGUUAAUAAUGAAAAAGUGAAAUUGGAUAGCUGUAUUUAGAAAACUAAAAUAUUGUAAGACUUGUUAUGUAAGGACAUUCCAUCUGCCAUCUCUUUUCCACCUUGUAUUACAGAAGCUUAUAUUAGAUAGCUGUAAAGUAUUUAGAUGUUAUUUAAUCUUUUAAUAUGAAAUACGUAUGUAAUUUGCAUGUAAAUUGUGAAACAAAUGCAAGAUUGUGAUUUGUAAUUGUGGUGAUAAAAUGAAUUCCAUCGAAUAUUUUAAUUGAAAUAUACUUUACUAUAAUUAAGUAGAUGAAUUAUAUUUAAUAAAUAAUAUUAUUAUACACUAGAUGAUCCGGUGAACUUAGUAUCGCCUACAACGCCAUCUAUGAAAGGUAAUCGGAAGUAUUUUACAUAUAAAUAUACCUAUUUUAAUAUUUCAAUUUUACAGCUGAUCUUAAUGAGUUUUUAGACUUUUUUUUUUGUUUUAAACGACUGCUGUAUUAACUUGACAAACAAAAUAAAAAAGUAAUAUUUAAAUCGGUCAAGCCAGUUUUUAAGUUUUAGCGAACAAUAAAUGUAAGCAACAGGUGUAUUUCUCUUUCUUUAUGAAAACUAAACCCUCUUAUUCAUAAAAACGUCAAGCCUAUUUUAGUUAUUGAACUGUUUUGUCUCUUUCUUUCGUGCUAAAUUCGUAAUUUGAAAGAAAGUGACAAAACAGUGUAACAUUUAAAGUAGAUUUGUACAAGAUUUUAGUUUUUAUGAAUAAUGUGGUAAAUGUAUAUGUAUUAAUAUUUACUCCUGACUGCCCUUUCAACAUAUUUACAUAGUCGUAAGCAUAAAAUAUUAUUUUAAAUAAUAAAAAAAAAAGUGUGAUGCAGUAGCUUUGCUGUUCAUUUACAAUGUAUAUUUAAUUAAUUAUAUCGAAUCUUAAUUAAUUUUUUUUUACAACACGGAGCAAACGAGCAUGCGGCUCACCUGAUGGUAAGUGACUACCGCCGCCCAUGAUCACCCGCAACACCUACGGCAUUGUAGGUGUGCUGCCGGCCUUUUAAAAAGGAAUAUACUCUUUUCUUGAAUUAUGUUAUGAUGUAUCGGUUCGGAAAUACUGCUGCUGGAAGUUGAUUCCAAAGAGUGGUUGUGCGUGGGAAAUUACAAACGAUUACAAUGUUACAUUCCUAUUUAACCCAUAAUUGUGUACUUACGUUAAUAUUUGUAAAACCGUCAGUAUAUCUAUACUUAUAAUAAGUCUGUAGAGAGGUCAAUUCUGUACAUGAAAUAUAUUUCCAAAAUAACUAUUGAUUAGUGAUCGAUAUUGAUGCCAAAAAUGCAAUCAGUAAAAUUUUUGUCUGUCUGCCUGUUUGUAUGUUCGUUGUAGAAACAAAAACUACUCGAUGGAUUUUAACGAAACAUGGUACAAUUAUUCUUCAUACUCCUGGGCAGGUUAUAGUAUACUUUUCAUCACGCUACGAUCAAUAGGAGCAGAGCAGUGAAGGGAAAUGUGUCUGUUACAUCAAAACCACUGAACCAUGAGGAAGGACAUAGGCUACUUAUUUUACGAAAAACGACGGAAACGCGGGCGAAGUCACGGGGAAUAACUAGUUUUAUAAUAUAAAUAUAAAUAAGAUGAUUUGUAAAAAUAUAUGUUUUUAAACAUUUGACAUUUGACUUUAUGUGUAAUCAACGCGACAGUUUAAAAUUAUAUAUUAUUUUUUAAAGAGAUACGAGGCUUCACCUUUCAGUUUCACCUGUAUUUAUAAAUAUACUUUUUUUUAUGAUUUCUAGUGGAGUUUCCAAUAUCUUUGAAUAAAACCAUUGUUGAAUAUUCCAAUUUUAUUGUAAAUCUAUUUUACUAUUAAAAAAAUUUGAAAAUAAAAAUUGUAAUUUUUAA